AGUUCAUAGUUUCUCACGACUCUCGCCGCGGCCUCUGAAGAGACGAAGCAACCCUUUCUCGUACGAGGCAAAGUACUACCGUUGUGAAAUUCAACGCUUUCAAAUCUUUCCCACUUCUUCUAUCCCUGUGUCGAAGGGCGACUAGACAAAAGCAUCAACAUCGCUUUUCUUCCCUCUUUUUCCAUUUGUUAUAUCUAUUUAUUGCCCCAAAACAAAAGCUACAAAAAUGGGUUGCGGUGCCAGUGUUCCAGCCAAGGCCAGUGACGGUACCAGUGCCGGUGUGGAGGCCGGGGCUGCGCCGGCCCCGGCCCCCGCCGCGGCUCCGGCCGGCCACCGCGGAGCGGUGGAUUUGACGAAGGUGUUUGAGCAAUUUGACACGAACAAGGACGGCAAGCUGGACAAAAACGAGCUGAAGCGCGCGCUGAAAGCCAUCGACCUGAAUGAACUGGACGUCAACCGUUGCCUGACGGAGAUGGGUGAUGGCAAGGUGAUCACCUGCGAGGGAUGGAACGCCAACAUGAUGCCGGAAAUUUCGGAGAAGCUGGCCGAGAAGGUGGACGCGGAAGGUAGUACAACUGUUAAUACGAAUUUAUAGAUUUGUUGAUUGCUGUGUCAUCGUCAUCCGAAGACAUCAAAUAAGUACCCCAGCUGUUGUAGUCUGUACGUACCUACUAGACGAGGACACAAAUAACUUUUUAGCCAUUCAGAAGUCAUUGUCCACAUCUGAAACUGACAGGCAUGGUGACCACGUUUCGGCCGGCUUUCAACAUCGCGAAGGUGUUUCAGCAGUUUGAUUCGGACAAGUCCGGCGCCCUGUCCAUGGACGAAAUGAAAGCCGCCUUCGCGGUAUCCUGUGCGAAAACGUCCCCAGGAGCUUUGUUGCACAAAUCAACCAGUCGGGAGGACUGAUGUGGUCGCGCAUGAACACACUGCAGGGGCAGCUUAGCAACGACAGCCAUGAAAGAGGAUUUCUUCAACAAAGCCGUCUACGUAUCGUCUUGUUUAGAGCAUUUUCUCUAGUACAAAAAAGUCAAUAUGAUGCAGAACACGACUAGGAAUGCCUCUCAUGGAGAUGCGCACUGUAGGGAAAGGGGUCCCGUGCAUGUCAAUGUGCAUGAAAAGAAACCUGUUGGGGACGUUUUUGCUCAGGAUACGCGGCGAUGGGUCUGUCGGAAGAGAUGUGUGUGGAGACCGUGCAGGGUCUGGACAUCAAUCAGGACGGUGAGUUAUGCACUGAAAAUAUGUCUGGGUCUGGGAGGGCGUCAUUGUCAUGCUAGUGCGUGGAUGACAAGCGCACGUGCACCACACAGUUUUUACGCAUCACAGAUUUUUGAUAGGCCGUAGCGUUGUUCCCCACUCGGCGUGACAAAGCGCCGCUUCGCCGGAGAAAGAAGCCAUGCUUUUGUGCAACAUGCAUCACAGAAUUCGCGCUCUUGCUACUAGCGGAGCAUUACAAGUAUUGCAAUCUUCCAGACACGACAGACAUAUUUGCAGUUCAUAGACAGUGCAACUGGACGAGUGGCGCAAAAAUUUGUCCACGCAGAUGUACCAGAAAAUCUUUUCCUCGCUCGACAAGGAGGGCCUGGUCACUGGGCUUUCCGCCGACCACAUGGAGAAGCAGGGUGGGGGAAAAAAGGGCGGCAAAAAGGGCGGAAAGAAAGGCGCCGCGGAGGAGGGCGCCGCGCCGGCGGAGACCACCGUGCCGGCGAUCGAGGAACAGAAUUAACGGCCGAGCGCUUGCUGGGGUUGUCGUGGAGUUUCAGUUUCACUGUGUUUUUGUUUGGUUUGGCGCAUAGCAAGAAAAAGAAGAAGAACUAACAAACCCGGGUCGUGCAGCUGGACCGCGAAACUGGGCUAGUUAUUAUUCGGAUUCAUCACUAUCGUGAAGCACAGCUCUAGAGUCUAGAAAUAUCUUUUACCAGUAGUCGAAGCAGUUUUCAGUUGAAAUUCGAAAGAGCAAACCUAUCGAGUCUCAUAUUCCAUUGUUAUACUUAUUUCUUUUUUCCUCCACUGAUGUUUGUGAUGAUCUCUGCUCGGAAAGAAUUUUCGACCAUUUACGUCGUUGAAACUGGACCAGCAGAGUGUCUACUAUGAUCUCCCCAUGAGAAUAGUUUAACUGGACCAGCAGAGUGUUUACAACUAUCUCCCAAUGAAAAUUUUCAAAAUCAUGCAAACUUCUACUCCUUCUGCACCGUCAUUGCUCCCCGUAGAAAUCAAACCAUUUCCCGCACCCGACACCUCCCCAGGGGUGAUCAGAAAGAACCCGCUCGAACGCUGUUAGAUGAAAUCCUCUAAUAUUGUGCAACUCCUGCUUUUUGUACGUGUUGCGUCUGGUUUGUGUUGUAUGUUCGUCUCACGAGGAUGUGAUGUGUUUUUUCCAUUUCAAGUUAUGUAUGACGACCAGCAGCUCCGCAC